GCCCGGAGCCGUAGCCGAGGCCCAGUCAGUCAGCGCCCAGCCUUGAACGCGCACGGUCCGCGUCGCCGUUCGUAUCGCGUAUCGUUUACUGUGGCGGUUGCUCAGGGCAUGGCUCUGACGCCGCUCGCGCCGUCUAGAGACCGCCGCACGGCGUCCUGAGUUCCCUCCAGAUGGAGUGCGGCGGCGUGCCGCUGCGAGUGCCGCUGCGCUCGGGGUCCGUGUCCGGCGGCAGCAUGGCAACGGCGGUGGGGGCCUUCAUGGCGGCGGGGCCGGGCUCGGGCGGCGCGGGGGUCAAGAAGAUGCGCAAGCGGCGCGAGCUGGACGCCCUGGCCAAGCGGUGCCCGACCACGGCCAACGGCGGGGCCAACGGCGGCGUGCUGCACAAGCGCUGCGGCGGCCAGGGCGCGGGCGGCGGGCUGUCCAGCCACGACCAGCUGCUGUCGGAGAGCUCCGGCGACGACUCGACUCGGCUGUCCCUCUGCAAGCCCGGCUACUCGGCCUACAGCCUGGGCGGUGGCGGUGGCUACACCCCCGGCUUCGCCGUCAAGGGCCGGCGCCCGGGACGCGGCCCGCACCCGCACCUGCUGCGCCACCGACCCUGCGCGCCCUGCGCCCGCGUGGUGCGGGCCUGCGUCGGCCUGCUCGUCCUGGCCUGCGUCAUCGCCACCCUCACCGUCAUGUGGCUCUUCAUCGACGUCCGGGAGCAAGUCUUCUCUCUCCGCACCGAGGUCGAGCAAGUGGUGGCUGGAAGCCAGGCAGUCCCUGAUGAUCUCCAGAAAAUUCACUCACUCUCCAGGGAAAUCCAACAGAACCAAACUCAACUUACAUUUCGUGUCAGCACAAUAACUGCUCAAAUAUUCAAUCUUAGUCAACAGCUCGUUGUUGUGGAGACAGGAUUGCGAGUCUGUUCAGAGAAGCUCCAGUCCAACCCAGAACCAUCUAAUGUGAAGGAACUUGAAGCAAAUGUAGCUCUCUGGGGGUCUCAAAUCAAAGAUCUAGAUAAUACAGUACGCUCCCUAAAGCAACAGCAAGCUUCACUGGAUUCAGUGUUGCAGACACUUUCGAAAAAUGUGACCAUUGUAGAGGGCUCUGUGUCCCAACUCUCAAAUGCUUCACUCCGUCCGCCACCUUUAGAGCCAAAUGUAGCUCAUACACUUGAGAGUCUUCGCCAAGUGAUAGCUCAAACCUCUGCCAAUAUCAGUGAAACUAAUUCUACUCUAACUAAGCGCUUGCAAUGGCUGCAAGACGAUCAAGUUAAAGAUCAUAAAGCCAUUGAGCUGCUGCAAGAUCUAGGUCAGAAUUUUACUGCAAGAAUUCAAACUCUAGAAGGGGAAUGUGCCAAAGCUGAUACCCAAAAUGCACUGAACAUCACAUUGUUGAGAUUGAAGGACCAGAUUAAUGCAGAUUCUCAACGACUUAAAGCACUUGAAACUUUAGGAUCAUCAGCGCAAGCACCUUCAUCUGUGACGCAAAGCAGUAUUCCAGUGAAACCAUCAGCUGACUCAGGUUCAAUAAUGAUAGAAGAGGCUAAACAAAGUUUACCCUCUACAAUGACUGAAUCAGUUGUUAGUGGAAUCACAACCCCGGGAGGUUGAAACUGUCAAAGUUAUUUGGUGUCUCGACUGAUGGACCAUUCAUUGUGCUACAUUAGCACAUCUGCUCACAACAGUUACCAUCCUGCUGCUUGCCACAGUUUUUUUUGAAAAUGGACAAUUUUUAUGAGUUUUCUCUUUUGUAAAGCAUUGUGAUUUGUGGAAUUUUGCAAUUUUACAAUGCCACGCAUUUAUUAUUUGUGUGAUUUUUUUUUACCCUGCAAUGUAAUGCAAAACAAGAAGAGAUUUUCAGUAUUCACCCCCUUGUUUGCAAUGGUCACUGUUGGAGUGGUCUUCAUAGUCAUGUUUUCUCAGAAUCACUAGUCUUUCCUCAUUUAUGUGGAUCUACAUGCUACAUACCUCUUGAAAUUUUCUUCAAGCUACCUUGUAUCUUUAUGCUUAGAUGUAGUCAUGAAUAAGAAGGCAGCUUAUCAUCAGAAGUGCCUGAUUUUUGAUAUAAGUCAAAAAGUAGUGUCAUGACAUCUACUUUCUACCAGUGUACUAAGUAGUACAGGAUUUGCACUUCUACGUGUGAAAGGUGUUGACACCUGAUUGUUAAUUUAUCUUUAACUUUUGAAGACUAUUAUUCGGAAACCUCCUUCCUCACUGGACCGGUGGUUAAGCCAAAUUGUUACUUUUCUUUUCUUUUAUGUAUUGUAUUCUUAGGAAUGUAAGAUUGUAAGUACCUAAAAAUAUUCAAACUACAAAUAAUUGAAUGUUGUGUACUUUGCCGCCGUUGUGAUAAGCUGUGUGUUAUUUUAGAAAUCAUGUGCAAUUUAUAUUUUAGCUUGACCUCAAUUGUUGUAGAAUUGUAUAUGUUUUAUUUGAUGUAUCAUGUUAUGUGAUGACAGAUGUCAUCCCGUUUUGUUAAAAAUAAGAACUCAGUUGAUAAAAUUUUUAAAA